CAUAGACCUAGCUAGGCCUAUCAAUAAUUUAAUUAUUUGUGUCCGUACUGAAUGAAUGUACAUGUACAGUUGGUUUUAGUUCUGUUGUACUGUACAGUACACACUUGGUUUAUUUUGUUGGUUCGCGCUGUCAAGUGUCAGUGAAUGCCGCAUUUUCAAGAUCAUGUUGUGAAAUGUAAUGUAUUUGUAAGCUAGCCUAUUCUUACUUCAGUUUGUUUUAUAUUACCUGCCUCCGAACUGUAAUACUGGUGCAUAACUAAUAGAAAGCUACCAAAAUCUGUCUAUACAAGUAGGUUCCUGUAACAUAGCCUAUUUUGGGUUGAAAGAGGUCUCUAGCCAUUAAAGUUUAUACUAUUACAAUAUUAUUUUUCCCCAAUAAACUGUUUACGUAGGGGAUAAAGUUUAUAAUAAACAUUCAAUAUAUUUUAAUUAAUUAUUCAAAUAACACGGUUUGAUUGUUGACAAUGAUGGAGCCAACAGAAGAGGUUAAUAUUAAUGUCAGGCCUAUGCUUGAAGAAACGUUUUACAUUUUGUCAAAGAAGAACACUGUUUAUAGAGUGAAAUUGACUGAGAAAGGUUUGUGCCUACAAAAAGAACAUAAUGGCAACAUAAAAAAUGAAACAAUAUCAUUAAGUGACAUCAUAGGUUGUAGAUGUAUGAGAAGGAAAAGACGUUCCGAAAAUUCUUGCGCUUGUCAUCCCAGUUCAAUUAGAAAACAUGAUCCAAGGGUGGUAGAAGAAAAUUCAGCAGACAAAGAUGAGUCAGAUAUAAGUGCAUAUUUGUACAUUUACUCGUACAUUUUAAAAAACUGUAAAGUUAAGUCUGGACAGAAACGCGAUAGAAUGACUAUUACCUUAAGAUUUAGAUCAUUUGAUAAAUAUGAAGAUAAUAUGAGAGAAGCACAGAAGUGGAAAUCUUCUAUCAAGCACCUAAUUCACAGCAGAAUGAAUCCUCAAUUGUCACCAGGGAAAAUAGUCCUGACAGAGCCACUCAUAGAGAACAAAGUGCUGGUACUUCUAAACCCUAAGUCAGGCCAGGGGAAAGGUCGAGACGUGUUCCAGAGCAGAGUGGUUCCCUUACUGACGGAGGCUGAUGUCAACUACGACCUCCACGUUACAAGAUACGCAGACGACGCUCGGACACUCGUACGAUCCUUGGACAUUUACCAGUACGGAGGUGGCCUUAUUGCUAUGGGAGGUGAUGGUAUCCUGUUUGAAAUCAUCAACGGAAUGAUGGAGAGGCUCGACUGGGAAACUGCGUUUCAGAAACUCAAGUUGGGAAUAAUACCUUGUGGAUCUGGCAACGGACUAGCCAAGACCAUCAGCCAUCAGUUCAAUGAGCCGUACGACCACAGCCCAGUGUUGGUGUCGGCUCUCAAUGUUGUGAGAGGGUUCACGACUCCGAUGGACCUGGUCAGGGUACAAACCCCUUCACAGACCAUGUUUUCGUUCCUGUCCGUGGGCUGGGGGCUGCUGUCAGACAUUGACAUAGAGAGUGAGAGACUGAGAGCAUUGGGAGGACAGAGGUUUGCAGUGUGGAGCAUCGCGAGGCUGAUAGGACUGAGAACUUACACUGCCAGGUUGUCGUAUCUGAGGAUUCCUGACCAUGAGUUGUCGCUGGUGAACUGUGCCACGCCUGUCACGCCAGGCAUCACCGUAGCUAGUCAAGACAACCUCAGUCUGCCUCACAGUGCAAGUCUCGGAGACAGCAUCAACCUGGAGACCGAGGCCAGCGAGGAAAUGACUGGUUCCGAUUGCCGAAAGUUUUUCAAGAUUUGCCACCCUCAAAAGCAACAUAUUGUGAAUGCGGACUCAGACGGAGUGCGGAGAGACAGUUUCUACUCCGUAGCGUCUCGUCGCAGCACCUACCUGUCAGUGUCAGGCUCCAGCUACCUGAGUCUGGCUGAGGACGGUCCCGAGGAGGUGAUGAUGUACGGCCCAGCCUCUAACAUACCUGCUCUCUCCCAGCCUGUACCACAGGAGUGGACUGUACACCAAGGUGACUUUGUGAUGGUCCACGCCGUAUACAAGUCUCACAUAGCUGCAGAUUGCGUGAUGGCGCCAGAUUCUAAAUUGUCCGACAACGUUAUCUGGUUAUCAAUCAUCAAAGCUGGUAUCAGUAGGACACAUCUGCUACAGUAUCUGCUAGGCCUGUCUUCCGGGAGUCAUGUGAAUGUAGCCCAAACAGAGAUGGUUCCUGUCAGAGCGUUCCGUCUGGAGCCUCAGAGUCCCGGAAGUUACGUCACCGUUGACGGGGAACGCAUUCCGGAUGGACCAUUUCAGGUGGAGAUGGUGCCUGUGUGCGCCAACGUGUUAGCUCGCUCCCAAUAGUCGAUCUAAGUAGCGGUAUUUGGUUGGUUGUUGAUUUAUUUAAUUGACAAAGAAGUGAUUCUACUAAGACACGCAAGUGGCACUUAACAGUGUUUUUGAUUUUUCUGAAGAGAGCUUAAAUUAAGGGAGUAAAGAUAUUUUUUGAAGAGGGUUAGAGUUCAGUACCUGAGAUAUGAGUCCAGGGGCUAAAACACAAUAAAUGGUCACAAAACAUAAGAAUGGUUGUUUUAAAAGGGAUAAACUGACCAAUUUUUGAACUUCUGGUUAUAAAUUUAAACAUUUUAAAUACAUUUUACUCUUAGAUUUUGAAAUAUUUGGACUAAUUUUGUUACAUGUUAAGUGACACUUGCUUCAUCAUAUAAAUAUGAUAUUCUGUGCCAAACGUAUUAACAGCAUUUUUCAUACCAUGGACUGACAUUGAAUAAUGUUGUAAUUUAAUCUUGUAUCCAGUAAGUUACACAUUCCUGAAAGCAUGUUCCUUACUUGGGCAUUCGAUUGCAAUAAAUGAACAAAUUUCAGUUAGCUGUAACAAGAAUGUAUAUAAGUCGGGUGUAAAAGUGUAAGCCUUGUUGUUUGUACAGUUAGUUUGUUCUUUGUAAGUUUAAAGAUACUAGAUUGCUCAGAGUUACCUGUUUAUCUACUUGAAAUAUUUUAAUAUUUUUAUAUUUGGAAUAAAUUAUAUUAAACAUUUAAGCAUUUACAUACUGUUAUUUAAUAUUCUAUUGUUUAUUUUACCUGUUUGAAAAGAACCUGUUGUUAACAGUUAAUAAAAUGUCUAAAAAUUUGUUUUUAAUUUAAAAAAUUCUUAUUUGAUAUUUAUUUAGGUACACCUUUUUUCGUGAAUUAUGGUACAUGUAGUAGGAUAUUUUCAACAUCGGACCACUUUAGUGUUGUUUUUCUUCUUGGUCAACCAAAUUGUAGCUUUGCUUUUCUUAGUGAGCUAUACCAUUGACUUUAAACAAUAAAGUCGACAUCCCAUCCAUAUGGACCAGUAUCCUAGUAUGACUUAGUGGAAUUAGCGCCCCAUAGUUCUACUAUCAACAAUGUAAAAUUUAAUACUCAAGUUUGGUUAAUUUUUCCUUAAACUACAAUAAAACUGUAGGAACAGAUAUGUAUAGGAUUCGAUCAAAAUUCAGUAGAACUAAACUCCAACCAUCCUAAAGUUUAAAGAAAGAAUUUCAAAAGCCAUUAAACUACAGUGAUAAUCGUUGAAAGAAGGCAGAAGCCUUGAUUGUGGCAAAAUCCUGAACAUCCCCCAGUUAGGUAGGCAUCAUCACCUAGGCAAUUUGUAUGUUUACACUUAUGUUAUUUCUGUUAUUACCAUGGCAAUAGGCAUGACGUUGUGCCUUGUAUUAGAGGAGGCUAUGCCGUCUCCCAUGGUUUAUUAGACAUCAUCUUACGCGAUUGCGGCAUUUUCUUAAAUGUCUUUAUGGUCAUGUCGACAUCGUCAUCAUCUACCACAGUCAUGGAAACGUCUUAAUUGUCCUCCACGAUCACAGGGAAAGUGUGAAUUUGUCUAUUGCAAAAUUGUCGAUAAAAGUUCAAAACGCCAAAUUUUGAUUAAAAUCGAAUUAUCUGAAUAAUUUACAAUCUGAAAGUGGACGGUCCCAAUUGAUUUGGAUAGUUGGAGUUAAACUGUAAUAAAAAAGAAGUAUAAGGGUUGAAAAUUGUUUUUCUUAUAAUUUCAGAUUACAAUUUUCAUUUGGGAAGUAACAUAACUUUUAUGAAAUUUGAAAACACAACUCAAUCUUGGUAUCAGCACUAUGAGCUUAAAAUCUCCCAUUGUGAUUUAUAUUUUUAAUUAUAUGUCUUACUAUUUAGUUUGUAGCUGGAUAAUCUAUACUUACUUGAUAAAGCAAUAUCAUCUCUUUCAACCAUUUUACUUUAGUAAAAAUUUGUAGUCUUUUUGCAAAGUAUUAUUCUUACCGACCAAUUUAUCAUCAAUCAUUCACAACCUUAACAAUCCUAAGCACCAAUGUCUUACCCCCAUGGGUUACUAUGGGUAUCUAUCUACAAUUAUAGCUAUUUUUCACUUUCUUAAUUAUAUUUUAUAAAUUUAGGUAGUAAAAACGUUUUUCAGUAGCAAGUUGAAUAACAAUUAAAACUUUAAGACUUAGCUAUGAAGUAGUGAUGUUGAUUAGUGAUUUAUAAAAUUUUAGCGAUAGAAUGGUAAAUAACUAAUUUUUUAAUUGCACAAUAUUCUUAUGAAGACUGCAAAUGCAGUUUUACCGUUGGUCUAAUUUAGUCACGCUGGUCUAUUUAUACUCGCAUAUUUUGUUUGUUAAAAUUCAAUAUAGUUUGCUCAUUGUAUUCAAAGGCUCGCUUAAAAAUUUAUCUGUAAUUUUUCUAUCUCCGUUUUGUUUGCCUUACAGUUGUUAGCAUUGCUCAGUUUUAGAGCUAUGCUAUGUGCUAAUCAUGUAAUAGAUCUAAUAAAAUUUACUUUAACUUUUUAUAUGUGCCAAAACAAUUACUACAAACUUUACACAUUAAAAAGCAUGUUUUUUUAAUUUCUUAAACCAGUGUUUGGAAAACAACAAUUCCCUUAUAUGUUGAUAGGUUUGAUUUUGUAUUUUAUAGGAGCAGGCUUACCAUAAUAUUGGCUGAGUCGUCUCAUUAGUAAACACCAAAUUUUAAUAUUUCACCGUCACUAACCAUUUAGUCUAUCACAAAAAUAGAAAAUAGGUCAUAACUGAUCAGUUGACAAACUGUUUCUUAGACAGUUAGACAAUUUCAAGCUAAAUAAACUAAGAUACAUAGUAUCAGGAACAUCAAUCAAAAUACUUUUUCUUGAGUGCCAGGUUGUAUUAGUUUGUACGAGUUCCGUUCAUAAAAGCAUUUGCUCACAUAUAGCUAAAUAAGAAACAAAGCCUUAAUGUAAAUGUUGUGGAUCUGUCCUUAUGUUACAUAUCAGUUACGGUUUCUACAGUGAAUCGAAGGUGCUUUUUUAAGUUAAAAUCUAAUGGGAUAACCUGUUUAAAAAAUGUUUGUGGUAAUUUCAUUUUUUUAUCAGUGUUGAUAUACAUAUUUAAGAAUAUUCAUUUACUUGGUAAAACCAUUGACUAUUGGAUACUGAAGGUAAAACUCAGGCUGUAACUAUGUGCAUAACUUUUUUUCCUUAAUAUCCCAUAAAAUAAGUUUUUUCAUUAACCUUUAUAUAGUAUGGUUUGAAAUUAUUCCUAUGUUAGUUGAGGUCCGUUUGCAAAAACAUUAGAAAAAUGUCUAAUGUUUUAAAAAUGGAUGUUAAUCGUUAGUUUUCAGACAUUACAAGUACAAGCAUAUUUUUAUUGCACAAUGUUCAAGCACUUUACUUUAUAACUAAGUUUAAAAGGACUGUUCUAAAAGUAACCUCUGGUCAAUUAUGUAAAAAUAAUAAAACAAUGGUCUCACUACUUCUGGCAGUCACAAAACGGAGGUUACUUUCUGAACUGCCCUUUUUUCUUUAGAUUCUACUUCUAAAGAAAACUUUUGUGUUAGGUAUAUUAAAAAAAUAUAUUAUAUUCUGUCAAUUAUUUUUCAAAAUAAGAAACCAAAAGCAAUUUUUACAUUCUUGAAUAUUUACGGGUUAACAGAUUCUAAUUCUUUUAUUACUUAGUAAUAUAAUUGAUUGGAAAAUUAAAAUUGUAAGCAGUUUGUAUUACUUUUUUCACACGCAGAAUAAGUUUUUUUAAGCAGCAUGACUCUUGUAUAGUUAGAAGCUUAAAAGCGGAGUAGUAUAGAGACAUCCUGUUGUUUUAAGACUGUAUAGUUUACAUCUCAAAAUAAAUUCUAUU